AUGAUCCGUGCCUCCUCCGAGCGGGUGGUGGGCCGGCAUGGCGGCUCCUCCACCCUACGCACCACGCUUUCCUGUGCGUCCCUCGCCUCAAGCGGACUUUUUACUGAGACGCUGAUGUCCCGCCGUAGUGCUCGGAGCGCCUCGCUGUCGCCUGCGCCUAAGUCCCGAGGGCAUGGGCGUUGCUAUUCGCCCCGACGCUUUGCAUCGCGGCACGUGCCCACGGCCGCCGAAGAGUUGGCCCAGCACAGCCAGGUCCUGGAACCCUCGGUAAUCAAGCGCUUUGACGGCCUCAUGAGGCACCUGAAGCGUAACACCGACAAGCAGGACUUCGAAAAACAGGUGCUAGCCUCGCCGCCGGACGUCCUCGUGCCCGAGGAGUACGACGAGGUUCUCCGAGGGGAGUUCUCGCGCCACUGCAGCUUUGGUGAACGACUGAACACCGAGCUGAUGCAUUCAGGAAAGUGGGUCAAGAUGCUGAAAGAGCUUGGGUUCGUGCCCGGGCCUGGCAAGGCCAAAGGACCAUGCCUAUCGUCCCUCGCAGUCGCUGACAUUAUCUUCCAGAGAGUGCUCCAUGACACAGACUAUGGUGGCAAGCGCUUAACCUACGACUUCUUUUGCAAGGCACUUUGCCUGGUGGCCGUGAACAUGUAUCCCAACAUGGAUUGGGAGGCGGCCAUGGGCGAGCUCCUGCAACGCAUCGCCACAGCUGCAGAGGAGUUUCAAGAGCAGGCUGCGGCUAGCGAGCCAGCCGACUUCUCGCUGGACCCCAAUGUCCUGCUCGUGCUGGACCACUUCAAGCCCAAGCUGCACGACCUCUUCGGCUCCUUUGCACGGCGCCAGCUGCCGAGCCCCAUGGAUGCCAGGACCGGGACGGGCACAACGCGCCUGAAGGAGCGAUCGAUUUGGAAGCACACGCAGGACACGGUCUUCGCCUCUCGAGCCUCCUCUUGCAUGUUGGGAGGCACCAUCCGGGACGAUGAUCUUGCAGAAAAUCAGGACGAGUCCAUGAGCCCAGGGCUACCCGCCGUCAAGGAGGUCUUUGAAGAACACCACGAAGCCGGCAACCCGGAGUCGGAUACCCGUCCGGAGCAGGACAGCUUGGAUCCCAACCCCGAGGCGUCGCUGCCCCACCAGGUGGCUUCGCCUGAGCGCGGCUCUCCUGAGCGGCGGAGACGGCCGCAGCUGCCCUCCGGCGCUUUGUCAGGCAGCGGCUUCUUGAGCCCAAAGUCCGCAUCGGCUUCCGGGCAGUCCUUGCUGGCUUGGGCCGAGCAGAAGGGCCUCUGCAGCCCCGUGAGCCCCGACAGCCGGAGGUCGACAACGAGCAGCCGCGCCGGCAAGUGGAGCCCCGCAGCCAACGAUCCCUAUACCUAUGCCUGCGGCAGUCCUACCAUGAGGAAUCGACGUAGCUUCAUGUCGCUGGAGCAGCUUUUUGCUCUUUGUAAGGAGCUGAAGAUCAUGCCGGAUUUGAUGAGCAGACAAGCUGUGGUGCGCAUCUUCAAGAGAGCACAGUGCGCAGGUUCGGCAAGUGCACAUGGUGGCAGUAACUUCGGAUACCUGUCGCAAGAGGAUGACAAGGAGCUGCCCCCUGCCAAGCUGGUCACAUCAGACGAGGUGCUGCCCGCCCGCUCGUCCUCAGUGGCGCAAGAGCUGACAAUUGGAGCCCGCCCGGCCAAGGAGGAGUGCUUCACUUUCAGCGUUGACGUGGUGCGAUCGCCGGGCACGAGCUUUGGCGUGGACAUCUCGGCGGCCGGGAAGGUUUGCAUGGUGAACGCAGUGCAGGCGGGAAGCCUGGUGGGGGACUGGAACAACCAGUGCGCUCCCGACCACCGGAUCCGACAGUACGACCGCCUGAUGGCAUUCAAUGGCGAUCGGCCCUCCAAAGGGAAGGAGAUGCUGGAAAAGCUUCGAGAUGCCUCAGGUCCCGUGACCAUCACCGUGCAGCGACCCGUGGUCCAGCAGGUGAUCGUUUCCAAAAACGGCAAGGAGCUGGGCCUCGGCGUCAUCGAUGGACAGAGCUUUCUCCUAGUUACGAGGAUCGCAGAGGGUGCCGUCAACGACCACAACCUUGCGGCUGCAUCGGACCAGGUCAUCAAGGUGCCGAGCCGGAUCGUGACAGUGGAUGGCAAGAAGGGCUCCGGUGCAGAGCUGUUAAAGCUGAUGGAGAACGCGCCUUCUAGCUUUACCGCUUUUGUGGACGCCAUGGGCCGGAUCGCAGUUCAGGCUUACACCGAGGAGCCUUAUUGUGACGAGUAUCCAGAGCCUCACGAGAAGAUUCUGGCCUUCUUGUCCGACCGCCUGCCGGGACAGAUCAGGACGAUGCGCGAGAGCUUCCGCUAUGGCUGCAGUGGCCGUGGCCCAGCAGUGUCGCCCGGCUACAUCGGCAGCAGGCGCUGA